AUGGAUCCCACACUUCUUAUCCAUUGGCUGUUCAGCUGCCUGGCUCUCCUCAUCAUGGGGAUUAGGCUUUGGGGAAGGAAAUAUGUUCGACAGGCUUUCAAUCUAGGCGACUAUCUUACCAUGGCCGCUUGCGGGUGUGCUCUGAUUAGACUUGGAAUGAUUCACGUCGUCCUGACUUGGGGAACGAAUAACAUGACUGCUGCCAUGCGCCAGGAUCAUCAUUUUACCCCCAAUGAGAUCUACCAGAGGGAGAUCGGCAGCAAGCUUUCCAUCGCUAAUCGCGUAUUCUACAACUCCUACCUGUGGUUACAGAAGCUCGUGCUAUUGGACCUCUGUCGACGACUCAUUCGCGAUUUGCCGUUUGAAAAGUGGCUUCUUCGGUCCUAUCUUUUCAUCUUUUUCGUUACCUAUACGAUUGUCCAGGUCUUUACUUUUAGCGAGUGCAAGCCCUUUCACCUCUACUGGCAGGUUCUUCCUGACCCAGGCCCGUGUGCGCAAGCUCAGAUGCAACUUAUUGUGCUUGGCGUCCUCAACAUUGUGACCGACUUCAUGCUGCUCGUUAUGCCGAUCCCAAUCAUCUUCAAGCUCAAAGCACCCAUGGCUCGAAAAGCCCAACUGCUAGGGCUCUUUACCCUUGGUAUAUUCAUCAUAGCUAUUACUGUCAUCCGACUGCCAAUCAAUUCCUCGCACCCAUAUAGCCAAGUCAACCGUACGACCUGGGCAAGUACCGAGCUCCUGACGGCUGCGAUUGUCGUCAAUGCACCGACACUCUAUUCAUUCUGGAAUAAGAGGCAGCGGGAUAAAUCGACGCCUCGACCAGCGCAAGGCGAGAGUGACAAAGCUGAUGAUCGAAUUGUCAUGGAGACCAUAGGCGGCAGUACUAAUUCUAAUAGUGGAGGUCCAAAGCGCAAACCGACCGGAGGCAUUCAACAGACAAAGGAGGUGAUUGUGUCUGAAUAUAGAAAGAGCGGCGACUAUAUAAAACUGGCCGACGAGCGAGAUCAUACGUCGCAACAUUCAAGCUAG